CCAGGUGUGGUGGAGAGAGAGAGCGAGAGAGAGAGAGAGAGACGAAGCGGGGCGAGAAAAGUCGACUUACCUGUAGACCAACUUCUGGCAACUCAUUCACUCUGUUACCUGCUCCGACCUGAAAGUCCAGUUUCACAAGGAAAGGCUCGGAGAGGAAGCAGAAUAUGUCACAGGAGACAGACAAUAAACGUCUGGUGGUGGUGGUCCCCAACGAGAGCUCCUUCCCCGCCGUGCGCCGGGCGUACACCAGUGAGGACGAGGCAUGGAGGUCGUACCUGGAGAACCCACUGACUGCUGCCACCAAGGCCAUGAUGAGCAUCAACGGGGACGAGGACAGCGCCAACGCUCUGGGCCUCCUCUACGACUACUACAAGGUGCCGAAAGAAAAGAGACUCCUGCCAGUUCCCAAAGUUGCUGAAAUUACAGAGGAACAGGAGAAGAGGACGACAUUGCAGAGCAACCCCACCAGUCAAGGUGAGGUGGUGGAGACGGUGGACAAUCGAGUUCAGGUGCUCAAAUCUGUCCCCGUCAACUUGUCCCUGAACACCGAGCACCAGGAGGCCAAACGGGAGCAGUUCAGUGGCUCGACGGGGGCGGGCGCGGUGUCUGGGGCCGUGGUGAAGGCCGAGGCGUACACGUCCGUCUUCACGACGGUGCCCGCCGUUCACUACAGGCCGGAGGGAGAAGAGCAGUCCAGGGUGAUCUACGAACAGAGUCCGUAUGAGGUGACCACCGUCAGUCACAGCUCGUAUGUGAAAGAAGACCAGCAGAGUCCACCUGACAGUCCGUAUGAAGAGGAGAGAGACGGGAAGUACCACACUCCUGCCUCUCUGACUGCAGAUGACUUCUUAUUUCAUCAGGAGAGAGUUGACUUCCGUUACACGCUGGACGCCACUCGUUCACUGCGUCAGAAACAGGGCGAGGGACCAAUGACGUACCUGAACAAAGGCCAGUUCUAUGCCGUGACGCUCAACGAGCUCAGCACCAACAACCGCCUCCGUCACCCUAUCAGCAAAGUGCGGAGUGUGAUAAUGGUGGUGUUCAGCGAGGACAAGAACCGGGACGAGCAGCUCAAAUACUGGAAGUACUGGCACUCGCGGCAGCACACAGCCAAACAGAGAGUCCUGGACAUCGCCGAUUACAAGGAGAGCUUCAACACCAUCGGGAACAUCGAGGAAAUCGCCUACAACGCCAUCUCCUUCACCUGGGACGUCAACGAAGAGGCAAAGAUUUUCAUCACAGUCAACUGUCUGAGCACAGACUUCUCGUCGCAGAAAGGCGUGAAGGGUCUUCCUCUGAUGAUCCAGAUCGACACGUACAGCUACAACAACCGCAGCAACAAACCGCUGCACAGAGCGUAUUCACAGAUCAAGGUCUUCUGUGAUAAGGGAGCAGAGAGGAAAAUCAGGGACGAGGAGAGAAAACUGUUCCGCAAGAAGUCAAAAGGGAAGGACGGAGGUGUAGGCGUGAUAACUGUUCCCAAAAAGGCCGACUCCACUAAUUUCAAGACCUUGACGGACCUGGAGGCUCAGCCCGUCCUCUUCAUCCCUGAUGUUCACUUCGGUAACCUGCAGAGGGCCGGACAGGUGUUUACUUUCAACACAGAGGAAAUAGGGAGAGAAGGAGGCGGCGUGCUGGUGAAGAGGAUGUUCAGGCCGUCGGAUGAAGACCUGUGUCCGUCACCUCACAAACAGAUCAAAGAGGAGACGCACAAGAGAGUGCUGUUGUAUGUAAGAAAGGAGUCGGACGAGGUGUUUGACGCUCUGAUGCUGAAGUCUCCCACACUCAGAGGCCUGAUCGACGCUAUAUCAGAGAAGUACGGCGUGCCCAUGGAGAGAAUAACCAAAGUCUACAAGAAAAGUAAAAAAGGGAUCCUCGUGAACAUGGACGACAACAUCAUCGAGCACUAUUCCAACGAAGACACCUUCAUCCUCAACAUCGAGAGCCACACGGACGCCUACAAGGUCACGCUGACGGAGAUCUGACGGCUCGUCAGCAGCGCGGCCGAAAGGACUGCAGGACGACAGAGACGCUGAGACUGUGACUGGACGGCUGAGAUCUUCUCCCGAGGCUGCUACUGACUGUCUGAUAAGCUGACUGACACUGGGAACAGUGGCCCACCUGCUCCCUCGCUCUAACUCAACACUGUUACACUAUGAAGCAAGUCGUAUUUUUCUGUGCAGGACAAUGAUAUAAAUAAAAAAAAAAGAGAGGACAUUAUUCUGUAGAAUUUAUAUGAACUGGUGAUAUUUACUUGCCCGUUCUCCUCCUCUGUGUUAUAAGGUGAAAUAAUACAGAUCCAUGUCCUCCACUUCUUUGGAAUAUUUUUAUUGUAUAAAAGAAUUUGUAUGUUUAUUUUGGUUCUGUACAGUGUGUGUGUGUGUGUGUUUUUGUGUUUAUUUGCCAAAUAACACAUCAGGAGUAGCCACGUUAAGGUAGAAAAGUGCCUGAUGUGCUGUGUGUGUGUAUAGUCACGACUUGAGUUAGUUGGUCCUAAGUCAUUAGCAGAUUCUUUGCAUGCCACACUUCGCUUUUGUUAAAUGUGUUAUUAUUAUUUAUUAUUAUUAAUGCAUUUGGUGAAAUAUGUUGCAUUUCAAUUUCAAUAGCAGGUUCCACAGGAAUUUCAAACCCUUUGCAUUUCAGUGACUUCGCUCACAGUGACGUGUGUAAGAGGUUCAUCUCUAAUUUGCAGCCAUGUUGUAUUAUUUACACGCUAACAAAUAGCCAAACUUUUUAUUUGUAGGGCUUUCAUUAAGUGACAUUGUAACCAGUCAAUAAAAAAUGAACCGAG